CAGGUGAUUAUCCUAAUUAAUGUCUAUCUAAUUAAAUUACUGUCAGCAGUUAACCAAUGGCAGGAGCCGUUUCAUCGGCUGCACAAGCAGCAAGAUCAAAAGUGAGCCUUUUCUGAUUGCUGCAUAGUGUCAAUUGGCCAAUCUCUUCUCCCAGGGAAAAAAAAAAGUAAAUCAAACCUUUGAGAAGCAUUUGCUGGUUGAAGUGCUUUCUGUCUAGUGUGGGGGUCUGUGGAUUUCUAGUUUAUGAUAAAUAGGACUUUAAAAACCAGGGACGGGAGGGCGAGUGUUCAGGUUCUAGAGCUAUGCAGCUGGAGCACUGCCUUUCUCCUUCUAUCAUGCUCUCCAAGAAAUUUCUCAAUGUGAGCAGCAGCUACCCACAUUCAGGCGGAUCCGAGCUUGUCUUGCACGAUCAUCCCAUUAUCUCGACCACUGACAACCUGGAGAGAAGUUCACCUUUGAAAAAAAUUACCAGGGGGAUGACGAAUCAGUCAGAUACAGACAAUUUUCCUGACUCCAAGGACUCACCAGGGGACGUCCAGAGAAGUAAACUCUCUCCUGUCUUGGACGGGGUCUCUGAGCUUCGUCACAGUUUCGAUGGCUCUGCUGCAGAUCGCUACCUCCUCUCUCAGUCCAGCCAGCCACAGUCUGCGGCCACUGCUCCCAGUGCCAUGUUCCCGUACCCCGGCCAGCACGGACCGGCGCACCCCGCCUUCUCCAUCGGCAGCCCCAGCCGCUAUAUGGCCCACCACCCGGUCAUCACCAACGGAGCCUACAACAGCCUCCUGUCCAACUCCUCGCCGCAGGGCUACCCCACGGCCGGCUACCCCUAUCCACAGCAGUAUGGCCACUCCUACCAAGGAGCCCCGUUCUACCAAUUCUCCUCCACCCAGCCGGGGCUGGUGCCCGGCAAAGCGCAGGUGUAUCUGUGCAACAGGCCCCUGUGGCUGAAAUUUCACCGGCACCAAACGGAGAUGAUCAUCACCAAACAGGGAAGGCGCAUGUUUCCUUUUUUAAGUUUUAACAUUUCUGGUCUCGAUCCCACGGCUCAUUACAAUAUUUUUGUGGAUGUGAUUUUGGCGGAUCCCAAUCACUGGAGGUUUCAAGGAGGCAAAUGGGUUCCUUGCGGCAAAGCGGACACCAAUGUGCAAGGAAAUCGGGUCUAUAUGCAUCCGGAUUCCCCCAACACUGGGGCUCACUGGAUGCGUCAAGAAAUCUCUUUUGGAAAAUUAAAACUUACGAACAACAAAGGAGCUUCCAACAACAAUGGGCAGAUGGUGGUUUUACAGUCCUUGCACAAGUACCAGCCCCGCCUGCAUGUGGUAGAAGUGAACGAGGACGGCACGGAGGAUACCAGCCAGCCUGGCCGCGUGCAGACAUUCACUUUUCCGGAGACUCAGUUCAUCGCCGUCACCGCCUACCAGAACACCGAUAUUACACAAUUGAAAAUAGAUCAUAAUCCCUUUGCAAAAGGAUUUCGGGAUAAUUAUGACACGAUCUACACCGGCUGCGACAUGGACCGCCUGACCCCCUCGCCCAACGACUCGCCGCGCUCGCAGAUUGUGCCCGGGGCCCGCUACGCCAUGGCCGGCUCUUUCCUGCAGGACCAGUUCGUGAGCAACUACGCCAAGGCCCGAUUUCACCCGGGUGCGGGCGCGGGCCCCGGGCCGGGUACGGACCGCAGCGUGCCGCACACCAAUGGGCUGCUGUCACCGCAGCAGGCCGAGGACCCAGGCGCGCCGUCGCCGCAGCGCUGGUUUGUGACGCCGGCCAACAACCGGCUGGACUUCGCGGCCUCGGCCUACGACACGGCCACGGACUUCGCAGGCAAUGCGGCCACGCUGCUCUCGUACGCGGCGGCGGGCGUGAAGGCGCUGCCUCUGCAGGCCGCCGGCUGCACCGGCCGCCCGCUCGGCUACUACGCCGACCCGUCGGGCUGGGGCGCGCGCAGCCCCCCGCAGUACUGCGGCGCCAAGUCGGGCUCCGUGCUGCCCUGCUGGCCCAACAGCGCCGCGGCCGCCGCGCGCAUGGCCGGCGCCAACCCCUACCUGGGCGAGGAGGCCGAGGGCCUGGCCGCCGAGCGCUCGCCGCUGCCGCCCGGCACCGCCGAGGACGCCAAGCCCAAGGACCUGUCCGACUCCAGCUGGAUCGAGACGCCCUCCUCCAUCAAGUCCAUCGACUCGAGCGACUCGGGGAUUUACGAGCAGGCCAAGCGGAGGCGGAUCUCGCCCGCCGACACGCCGGUGUCUGAGAGCUCGUCCCCGCUCAAGAGCGAGGUGCUGGCCCAGCGGGACUGUGAGAAGAACUGCGCCAAGGACAUAAGCGGCUACUAUGGCUUCUACUCGCACAGCUAGGCCGCCUCUGCCCGUCCCGGCCCGGUCGCGGGCCCCGGACCCCCAGCAAGCCCCUCACAGCUCUUCCCCAGCUCCUCCUCCCCAGACCCCCACUUUGCGCACCCCUUCAUUUUAUUUGACCCUCGAUGACCGUCUGCAGCGAAUAAGUGCAGGUCUCCGAGUGUGAUUUUAACCUUUUUUGCACAGCAGUCUCUGCAAUUAGCACACCGACCUUCAACUUUGCUGUAAACCUUUUGGUUUUCCUACUCACUCUCCUUCUGUGAAGUUAUCUUCCUAAUAAUCCUCCCCCACCUCGUCUUUUUCUCACCUCCUCCUUCUCUGUCUCUCGUAAUGAAACUCUUCACCUUUAGGAGACCUGGACAGUCCUGUCAGGCAGCAGCGAUUCCGACCCGCCAAGCCUCGGCCUCCCCAUUAACCGUAGGAUGUUGACUCUAGAACCUGGACCCACCCAGCGCGUCCUUUCUUAUCCCCGAGUGAUGGAUGGAUGGAUGGAUGGUAGGGAUGUUAAUAAUUUUAGUGGAACAAAGCCUGUGAAAUGAUUGUACAUAGUGUUAAUUUAUUGUAACGAAUGGCUAGUUUUUAUUCUUAUCGUCAAGGCACAAAACCAGUUCAUGCUUAACCUUUUUAUCCCUUUCCUUUCUUUUCUUUUUCUCCUUCUCUCUCUUAUUCUUUCUUUAUCUCUUUGCUCUCUUUUUUAAUUUUCUUGUGAGAGAAUUAACAAUAUUCUAGGAGGUUCUAGAAACAUGAAAUACUGAGUAGUGAUGGGUUUCUCACUUCUCCUCAAUCCGUUGCAUGAAAUAAUAACUAUGUGCCCUAAUGCACACAAAUAGCUAAGGAGAAUCUGCCCCAACACCUGUAAAGG